AUGUUCGGCUGGUUUAAGUCUUCUAACGAGUCCAAGCCAGCCCAGGAGUCUACCUGGGAUGCGGCCACUAUGACCAUGGAACAGCCAUCUAACGCCGAGACCAUGUCUUCCAACAAUGUCUCCCAGCAGCCUAGCUCCGAAUCCAUGAAGAUGGAACUUCGCGGUGGUGGUGAAGGUGGUGAUAUUUGCUGCGGAAUGUAA